AUGAUGGAUGAAGUUAAACAAUGGAGUGAUGAAAAUAAUAAAUAUUUAAUUAGUCAUACAAUAAUACAUAAUCUUCUACUUAUGGGGAAAACUCGAACAGGAAAAACAACAAUUGCUAAAGUACUCGAAAAGCCUUAUUAUGUUCCACCUGAUCCAAAUAUUCAUUCCGAAACACAACAAGUUACUAUUCAUCCUGUUGCAAUAACAUCAAUUCAUAAUAAUAUUAUUUAUUGUUUUAAUAUAAUUGAUACACCUGGAAUGUUUGAUAAAGUUAGAAAACGAAAUAAACCAUUAACAAAUGAACGAAUAAAAAGAGCUAUUAACAAAUGUAUGGAAGAAGAUGUUACAAAUAUACAUUUAUUUGCUUUUGUUAUUAGUUUACAAACAAAUGUUGAUAUGGAAGAUAUUGAUUCGAUGAUAUUUGUUAGAGAAAAUUAUACUUUUUUACAUGAAUUUAUUUGUUUAAUUGUAACACAUUGUGAAGAAACAAAUUGGCAACAAAGAGAAGAGAAAAUAAAUGAAUUUUUUCAAUCUGAACAAGUUGCUAAACAUCAUUUGAAAGAUUUUUUUGGAAAAAAAAUAUUCUUUAUGGGUUCAUUACGUCCAGAAUUAACAACUCAUCCAAAUAAACAAUCUGUUCGUCAACAAAUUAAAAAUGUUCAUGAAAUGCGUGACAUUUUUAUUGAUUAUAUCAUUCAUUUAGAUACUAAUCAUGCUUUUAAUAUUCAUCAUGUUCCUAUGUAUAAUACUUGUCAUCUUUUAUAA